AUGGCUGACUCUCCUGCAUCCGAAGCGUCCCAAGAGCCAGAAUCGGCCGAUGAGUCGAACGCGGCGCAUCCGCCAGCCAAAGCGGCCGCGGUCAAGGACAAGGAAUGUCAAUACUGUCACCAGCAGUUCACCUCCUCGUCUCUCGGUCGCCAUCUCGACCAGUUCAUUUCCAAAAAGAAACCUGAUGGGAUCCACAAUGUCGAGGAGAUCCGCAGGCUACGAGGAGGCAUCACGCGCCGGACUGCGAGAAGCAGCAAACGGGACAAGGAUAAGAAUGAGCCUGAGGACUCGCGCUCGUCGCAAGCAUCGCCAGGCCCCAGCAUCGGGCCUCAGCCGGGCACUCUCAUCUCGUCCGCCAUCGAACUCAACCGAGUGCCUCCCGGUGGCAUGCACGUGCGUCUGAACAGGCUCAAUUGGCAGGCGACGGGAGUCAUUACAGAUCCUACCACCCUCGACUCGCCGGCCACUGCUGCCGCCGUCCCUCCUACUCCUGCUCUCGUGUCCAGCCCCUCUGGGACCAAGCGCAGUUACUCUACCUACGCCCAAGACCUUAAUCCCACCGUCAACGCCGAAACUACUCGCGCUCUUGAACUCGCCCUCCGCGAGGUCCUCGACUCUCUGCGCGCAGCCACAAAGCAUGCCUCCCCCAAGCCCUCUCCCUUCAAAUUCGACGUCCAGACCCAGACCUUUCCCUCGCUCUGUUUGAAAGUCUUGCCUGCACCAGCAACCUUAUUCCAGGCGUCACCAUUCUCCACGCCGCAAUCCAUCCCGAUUAACCCGCCUGGACCUGAUCAACUCGCUCCACUGCGUCAAAUGUUGACGUCAACAAUCGAUCACUGGAAAUGGCAUACACUGCGCCUCGCGCAACCUACAACUUCCAACAUUGCGGAGGAGGCGGACUUCCUGACACGAAGCGCGGCACAAUGGACCGAAUCGACCCUUUCACAUCUAGACACUAGCUUUCAAAAUUGGAUGGCACAUCCGAUCGAGAUUCGCAACCUAUUGUGGCAGGUGGAACUGCUAAGGGCCUACAAUACGGAGCAGCAGAGAGUGCAGGAGAUGGAAGAAAAACUUGAGAGAUUACAGCAGGAGGCGAAUCAGUUACAGCAACAGGUAGAAUACCUCUCUCGAUGUCAGUGGCCGCGCGAAAUGGCCCUGUGGCCGCCCGAGCGUAGGACGUUCGGGGCGUCUAUGCGCGAAGAGUUGCGACAGAUGAGUCUAAACAAAGUGCCUGUUGGCUCAGCUGGACCAGACGCACCGGAAGAGAUGGUCUCUCUGCCCACAGAGAACGUUAAUACAAGGCAGGGGGAUAAGUGGGACUUUGACAAGUUGGUCAACAAGUGGAAAGCACAUGUGAAGGAAGAUAAGAAUCGUCGCAUGCCCCAGGCUCUUGUAUCCAUGGACGGUACCGGCGGCUUAGGAGGUCCACCAGCAGUAAAAGUUGCAGAACUCAAGAAGACGAAGAGCGAAUCGGGGACGAAUGGUUUGUCUAACGGACAGUCGCCGAUCAGUGUGGACGAACGGCGAAAGAGUGGGAGAAACCCAAAGGGUAAUAUCAGCAUUAUUUCAGACCUAUAA